ACAGGUUUUCAGAGGGAUCCCUCAGGAAGGCUCGUCCAAUGACGGGCCAGGCCGGUGGCCGGAGGCUCCGCCCCCCACAGCCCCUCGCGGAGGGCCCCGCCCCUGCCCCGCGCCCGGAGCCGAGGAGAGUAAAUACAACAGGAGCGCAAAAUGGCGGAACCGCCGAGCUCGGCGCACGGCGCCGCUGCCGCCGCCCCCGUCUCGGGGAAAGAACCGUUUGGCAAGCUGCAGACCGCCUCCCGGGACCCACCGGGUCCUCUGUCCGCCAAGAAGGCCCGGACCGAGGAGAAGAAGGCGCCGCGGAGACUGAACGGAGAAGGGGGCAGCGGCGGGAACAGCAGGCAGCUGCAGCCGCCGGUGGCUCCUUCGCCUCAGAGCUACGGCAGCCCCGCGCCUUGGAGCUUCGCGGCUCUUUCUGCUGCCCCCUCCCCGUCCUCUGCUCGGAACAGUUUCUCUUUCUCCGCCGGCACGGCCGUCCCGUCCGCAGCCUCCGCUGCUUCCUCGUCUCAGCCGGUGUCGCGCAAACUGCUGGUCCCCCCUGCGUUGCUGCACGCUCAGCCUCAGCCUCUCCUGCCGGCCGCCGCCGCCUCGGCCAACGCCAAGCCGCGCAGAGCCAAGGAGAAGCGGGAGAAGGAAAGGAGGAGGCACGGCCUUGGCGGGGCGGGCGAGGCCUGCGGGUCCGCCCGGGAGGAGAACGGGGAGGUGAAGCUGCUGCCGCGAGAUAAAAUCAAAGACAAAAUUAAAGAGAGAGAUAAGGAAAAAGAGAGAGAAAAAAAGAAGCAUAAAAUAAUGAAUGAGAUCAAGAAAGAAAAUGGAGAAGUAAAGAUGUUGCUGAAAAGUGGGAAGGAGAAACCAAAAACAAAUGUAGAAGACUUACAAAAUAAAAAGGUAAAGAAGAAAAAGAAAAAGAAACACAAAGAGAAUGAAAAACGGAAGCAUCCAAAAAUGUAUAGCAAAUCUAUUCAAACCAUCUGCUCAGGAUUGCUAUCUGAUGUUGAAGAUCAAGAAGCCAAAGGCAUCCUAAAUGAUAACAUAAAGGAUUAUGGUGGAAAGAAUUUGGAUACCAAGAACUAUGGUUCCAAACUUCCAGAGAACAGUGAGCUUCCAUUUGUCUCAUUAAAGGAGCCACGGGUUCAGAAUAAUCUCAGAAGGUUGGACACUUUGGAGUUCAGACAGCUGAUUCAUAUUGAGCACCAGCCUAAUGGAGGUGCAGCAGUUAUCCAUGCCUACAGUAAUGAACUCACUCACCUGUCUCCUGUGGAGAUGGAGAGGUUUGCAGAAGAGUUUGUGGGUCUAGUAUUCAGUGAAAAUGAAAACUCUGCAGCUUUCUAUGUAAUGGGUAUUGUUCAUGGGGCAGCUGCUUAUUUACCUGACUUUUUAGACUACUUUUCAUUUAAUUUUCCCAAUUCGCCAGUGAAAAUGGAGAUUUUGGGAAAGAAGGAUAUAGAGACAACAACUAUGUCCAAUUUUCAUGCUCAGGUAAAAAGAACGUAUUCUCAUGGUACUUACAGAGCUGGCCCAAUGCGACAGAUCAGUUUGGUAGGAGCCGUUGAUGAAGAAGUGGGAGAUUAUUUCCCUGAGUUCCUUGAUAUGUUGGAAGAUUCGCCGUUUUUAAAAUGUACACUGCCAUGGGGGACGCUAUCUAGUCUAAAAUUAGAGAGUCGAAAAGAUAGUGAUGAUGGUCCUAUCAUGUGGGUACGCCCAGGAGAACAAAUGAUCCCUGUGGCUGAUAUGCCAAAGUCACCUUUCAAAAGGAAAAGAACUACCAAUGAAAUAAAAAACCUGCAGUACCUACCUCGAACUAGUGAGCCCCGUGAGAUGCUCUUUGAAGACAGGACAAGAGCUCAUGCAGAUCAUAUAGGACAAGGUUUUGAACGACAGACUACAGCUGCAGUUGGAGUGUUGAAGGCUGUGCGCUGUGGAGAGUGGCUUGAUCAACCCCGAAUAACCAAAGAUGUCAUUUGUUUUCAUGCUGAAGAUUUCUUAGAAGUAGUUCAACGAAUGCAGUUAGAUUUACAUGAACCUCCACUAUCCCAGUGUGUCCAGUGGGUUGAUGAUGCAAAACUUAAUCAACUGAGGAGAGAAGGCAUUCGAUAUGCCAGGAUUCAGCUGUAUGAUAAUGACAUUUAUUUUAUUCCAAGGAAUGUUGUUCAUCAGUUCAAGACAGUUUCAGCUGUAUGUAGUUUAGCAUGGCACGUUCGGCUCAAGUUAUAUCACUCAGAGGAGGACACUGCUCAGAAUACAGAUGCUCAUGAAAUGGGCACAUCACCAGAUUCUACAUCAUCAGUUCUUGGGCCUCACAGUGAUGAUAGGAUUUGUGCUGUAAGCAAAACCUCUUUGGAUUCUAUUUUUUCAGACACACUUCAUUCUAAAUAUGAAGUACAGCAGAUUAAACAUGAACCUGUUGCAUCUGUAAGAAUCAAUGAAGAAUCUGUGAAUGUUUAUGUUUCUGAAGAAACUAGAACACCGAAUAAUAUGGAUGGCAAGAAUAUUAAAGCAAAAUUGGAUCAUGUUCAAUUUACAGAAUUUAAGAUUGAAGUGGACUCCAAAUUUGAAAAUAGCAACAAAGAUUUAAAGGAGGAAUUGUGCCCUGAAAGUCUCUUAAGUCUAGUUCAUACAAGGCAACAUAGUUCAGUACAUUCACAUCAAAACAGAAAAGAUGAUGACAUUUUGUGCUAAAUAUGUACAUACCAUUUAAAAUCUUUUUUAAAAAAACAACUUAAUAAUGUAAUAAAGAUUCAUGAAUUAUGAAAGCAAGCCAAGGACUUGCUCUCAAGUCUGUUACAAAAUAUAGUUUAUGUAGCUUUGUAACAUUCCUCAGUGCCUGUCCAUAACUGUGAAGUAUCAAAGCACUUAGGGCCAGAUGCACUGUAAACAUUGCAGGUUUAAACAAAUGGAGUCCUUAAAAAGUCAUUUGCGUUGGAGUUGUAGGUUUUAGAAUAGAGCUGACAUUAACAUAUAUAUAUAUAUAUUUUGUAAUAUGAGCCAGAAUUCUCUUUCAACAAUUUAAGGCUUUUCCAUAGAGCUUAUUUAUACCAAUUUUUUUUUCAUUUUAAAUGUGUCAGCACUGUAGUGUAAAUAGCUUUAAAAAAAUUUUUAGUGUGAUUUAUAUUGAAAUGUGAGCCACUUAAUAAAGGUUCAUAAUAAAUAUGUUUUCUGUCGGGUGUGCAAAAGACAAACUGAUAAUUCAGUUAAAUCAUUUAUUUAAUCAUGUGUCUGCUGGUGUAUCCAUUUAGAAUGGUAAAGGAGUGCAAAUGUACAUAUUCAAAUCUAGUGAAUAUUUAAAUCCCCACAUUGUAUAAGCAUUUUUAAAACCAAGAUUCAGUUAUGAAAGCAUAUUUAUAUGUGUGUGUAUGUAUGGGAAUAUAUAUAUAUCAUUUUAAUAACUUCUUAAAUUGCUGAAUAAGAUGAAUAUGUGAAACUGUAGCCCUACUCCCAGGAAUUCAUUUUAAAAUAUUUAUAUUCAACAUUAAGAAAGCAGUUUAGGUAACAGAAAUAAUUUUGUAAAGUUGGGCAAAACAAGUCUGUUAGUGAUAUCUAACCCUUCUAAUUAAUGAAGUUUUGUGGCCAGAUUACAUAACCCUAACAUAAAUUUUAUUUGUAGAGUAUGGAAUGAUGAGUUGAGAUGAUUUUCUUAAUAGUCACCUUUGCUAUAACUAACAGUAGUUGAGUAAAAAAUAUUUACAGAAAGUUUAAUUGUGGCAGUUGAAAUCCUUUUACAUUUUUCUUGCAAAGCAGGUAGAAAAUAUGGCAAAUAUAAAAUCUUAAAAUAAGGACACGACUCAUACAGAGGUGUAACUAAUAAAAUGUGUUCUCUCUUCUUUCUAAGGAUCCCUCUGCCUACCCUAUCAAGGUAAAUAAAUUAGAGUACAGCUAACCCUUGAAUUAACGUAGUUUU